GGCACCGCUUUCUCUGGCUCAACAUUCUGCAAAUUUUGGGAGGAUCUGACUGUGGAUACAGAAUGAGUCGCUUCAACGACCCUAACCCUUUCGACGAAGAAGAAGAAGUAGAAGUCAAUCCUUUCUCGAAGGGUGCUACGGCUGCAGGACGUGUUCCUCCAUUGGCUUCUGAACCUCUCGGAUUUGGGCGCAAGCAUGAUGCGACAGUGGACAUACCACUGGAUACAAUGAGUGAUACUAAGAAAAAAGAAAGAGAGCUUGCUGCUUGGGAAGCUGAUCUUAAAAGGAGGGAACAGAACAUAAAGAGGAGAGAAGAUGCUGUUGCUAAAACUGGUGUUACCCCAAAUAAUAAAAAUUGGCCGCCAUUUUUCCCAAUCAUACAUCAUGACAUUGCUAAUGAAAUACCAGUUCAUGCUCAAAGGUUACAAUAUCUGGCUUUUGCCAGUUGGCUAGGAAUUGUUCUUUGUCUUGUUUACAAUGUUAUUGCUGUGACUGUGUGCUGGAUUCAAGGCGGUGGAGUUAAAAUUUUUUUCCUUUCAAUAAUCUAUGCCUUGCUCGGAGUGCCUCUUUCCUAUUUGCUGUGGUACAGGCCCCUGUAUAGAGCAAUGGGGACGGAUAGUGCAUUCAAGUUUGGUUGGUUUUUUCUUCUCUACUUGUUGCACAUUGGGUUUUGUAUUAUUGCUGCAAUAGCCCCUCCAAUUGUCUUCCAUGGGAAGUCAUUCACUGGCAUCCUUUCAGCCGUUGAUAUCAUAUCUGACCAUAUGUUGGCUGGGGUAAAUUCAUAAUGUUACUAUGUUGGCAGUUUAGUUAUUAGAAUUUUAUCAUAAAAGGAUUAUUUCCUCUUUUCCUUUUCGCUCAACCUCAAGGUAGUUUGUGUUAACUAUUUGAAUAUUUUGUUGCUUAUAGAGCUGAGUUUAAGAUGCUAUCAGUAGACACUAAUGACAGAUGGAUGUUGUUGUAUAACAAUACAAAGGAAAGAUAUUAUUAUAGUAUCUUCAUGUAGCCCAUUUUAAAGUUUAUUAAAAUUUUUGGUAUAAUUUUGAAUGUUUGGCAUAACUAGUUUCUGUUGGGUGUGCAGAUCUUCUAUUUUGUUGGUUUCGGGCUGUUUUGCUUAGAGACAUUGCUGAGUUUAUGGGUUCUCCAGAAAAUCUACUUGUAUUUCAGGGGGCACAAGUGAGAUGCGAUUUGAGGUAGUUGGCGGUCCAUUUUAGAAUUGUAAUACUACUGCUUCCUGUGUGGUUUAGUAUAUAUGUUUUUCCUACUAUUUUAGUUAAUCUGGUAUUCUAUGAU